AGCGAGCAACCGCAGCUGCAACUCAGACAAGGGAGUGCGGGAGCGGAGAUUAGACGAGCAGCACGACGCGCAGGUGUCGCAGGAGGACGAGAUCAGGAGUUCAUGGUGUGAAGUUGGAGGCGGGGGGGUUGGGGGGGUUGGAUAUGAAGAACCGUCCUGCGUUUGUGUCGGUGUGCAUGGGGCCUCGAAACUCUGUGCCUUCGGAAGCCUGACCUUGCCUUGUCGCCAGGGCCACCAUGGCGGAGAAGAAGGCGCUCAAGGAGAAGUUUCGCAGGGACUACACUCCUACCAACUACUUCGUGGAGCAGGUGAACCUGCUGUUCCAAGUCUUCGAGGACUGCACCAAGGUAUCCUCCUCCCUCAAGGUCAAGAGGCGCGACGGAGCUCCGGAGAACGCCCCGUUCCAGCUGGAUGGGGAGGGCCUGACCCUGCAGAGCCUGUCCAUCGAUGGAGAGACUCUCCCGCCCUCUCGGUACUCGUGGGUGGAGGAGGACUUGCUCGAGAUCUCUGGCCCCCUCCCUUCAAGCUUCGUGCUCCAGUCGCUGGUCACCACCAAACCCGAGGAGAACACGCAGCUGAGUGGGCUGUACAAGUCUUCCUCCAUCUACUGCACGCAGUGUGAGGCAGAGGGCUUCCGGCGCAUCACCCUCAUGCAGGACAGGCCGGACAUCAUGGCGACGUAUGAGGUGAGGAUCGAGGCGGACAAGGAGAGCUGCCCCGUCCUGCUCUCCAACGGCAACAUGACUGAGAAUGGUGACCUUGAGAACGGGAGGCACUUUGCCACUUACAACGAUCCGUUCCCGAAACCUUCAUACCUGUUUGCGAUGGUGGCGGGAGACCUCGGCUUCAUCCGGGACACGUUUGUAACAAGAUCCGAGAAGGUCGUGGCCUUGAACAUGUACUCAGAGCACAACAACGUCAAGAAGCUCUAUCAUGCCAUGGACUCUUUGAAGAAGGCCAUGAGAUGGGAUGAAGAGACUUUUGGGCUGGAGUAUGACCUGGAUAUCUUCAACGUGGUCGCCGUCAACGACUUCAACAUGGGCGCGAUGGAGAACAAGUCUCUGAACAUCUUCAACACUAGCUGCGUCCUAGCAAGCCCCGAGACCGCCACCGAUGCGGAUUAUGAGAGGAUCCAAGGGAUCAUUGCGCACGAGUAUUUCCACAACUGGACCGGCAACCGAGUGACAUGCAGAGACUGGUUCCAACUCACCCUGAAGGAAGGUCUCACCGUGUUCAGGGACCAGCAGUUCAGCAUGGACAUGACGUCAGCGGCUGUCAAACGCAUCGAAGACGUGAACGUUGUGCGCUCGAUGCAGUUCCCUGAGGACAACGGCCCGAUGGCCCAUCCGAUCCGGCCUGAGAGCUACAUCGCCAUGGAUAACUUCUACACUGUCACCGUCUACCGGAAGGGAGCAGAGGUCAUCCGGAUGUACCACACUCUGCUCGGCAAGGAAGGAUUCCGAAAGGGCAUGGACCUUUACUUCCAACGCCAUGACGGUUCCGCCGUCACUUGUGAUGACUUCCGCCGAGCGAUGGCUGACGCCAAUGGCGUCGAUCUGACUCAGUUCGAGCGCUGGUACCUGCAGGCUGGUACUCCAGUGGUCCGCUGCGAGGCCAAGUAUGACGUGGAAGCGAAGCGAUUGUCGCUGCUUCUCAAGCAGUCUUGCCGCACGCCGCAGGGAGGCGAUGCUUUACCUUUCCACAUGCCCAUCCGCGUUGGAUUCCUGGCGCAGGACGGGUCCGAACUUUUGCCUGAAAGAGUGCUGGAGCUGAAGGAGGCCAGUCAGGAGUUUGUGAUCGAGAACGUGAACUCGAAGCCCGUCCUGUCUCUCUUGCGGGGCUUCAGCGCUCCCAUCAAACUUGAGUACGAGCGAGACGAUGAGGAGUUGGCGUUCCUGAUGGCACAUGACAAGGACAGCUUCAAUCGCUGGGAAGCAGGUCAGCUCAUGUUCAGCAGAACAAUUCAUGCGAACGCCAAGGCCAUGCAGGCUGGGCAAGCCAUGCAGCUCAACGCUAAACUUGUCGACGCCGUUCGGAGAACCCUUCUGGACACUUCCCUCGACAAGUCGCUGCAAGCUUACGCCCUGACCUUGCCGAACCUGCAGAACCUGGCGGAGAGCAUGGAGAUCGUGGACCCCGACGCACUGGUAGACGCCUACAAGUUUACCAAGAAGGAGAUCGCCAGAAGCCUCCGUGAUCAUCUCCUCAAGACCUACGAGGCGAACUUGUUGCCGGAAGAUUCCUUCCGGAAUGACGCAGAGGCAAUCGGAAUGAGGAGGCUUAAGAACGUCUGUCUGGGCUACCUCGCAGCUCUCGGAGACAAGGAAGUGCUUGACGUGUGUCUGAAGCAAGCCCUCACAGCUAACUGCAUGACCGACCUCGUUGCUGCUGCCAGCUGCCUCGCCGCUAAUCCUGGCGAGCAAAGCGACAAGGCGCUGGAGCACUUUUACCAGCAACACGCCAAGGACGACAACCUUGUGUUCUGCAAGUGGAUUGCCAUCCAGGCCGCGGCCUGUACAGAUCAAGCUCUCGAGAUUGUGGACAAGCUGUUCAAGCAUCCCUCCUUCACCAUCAAGAAUCCCAACAUCUGCCGUUCGCUCUUCAUCAGCUUUGCCGGCAACAUGAAACACUUCCAUCGGGCAGACGGCAGCGGACACCGUUGGCUGACUGAUCGCAUCCUCGAGCUCGACAAGCUCAACCCGCAGACAGCCGCCAAGAUCCUGACCAAGUUGGCAGGCUACAAGAGAUUUGACGCUCCUCGCCAGGCGUCUAUGAAGGCCCAGCUGGAGCGCGUGCGCAACACUGAAGGUGUGAGCAAGGAUACCAUGGAGAUCGCGAUCCGUGCGUUAGCAUAGAGAGACUCUAGAUGGAAGAGAACGAGCUUGCAAUGGUUCGGCUUUUCACUUCACGCCGUGAACAAACUCUAUGAAAUGCC